CUCUCCAGCCGCAGAUUCCGCGCAUGACUGUGCGGACACUUGGACCGCCUUAAGGAAGGCUGGGCCUAAGGAGCGAGAAGACUCCGCCCGGUUCCCUGAGAUUGGCGUGCCCGGCCGAGGGCGGAAACCAAGUCCGCGCGGUAUAAAUAUUCAUGAGACGGCGCGGAGACUAGCGGGGCCGCAACAGGGAAGUUCGGUGAAGGGCGCAGCUCUGGCCGAAGAGGAGGUAGCUGUGGGCGCCAGUCGAGCCGCUCAGGUGUCUGCUCCGCCUUCCGGUCUGGAUUUGAUUCUGCAUGUCUAGCGAGGAGGGGGCUGCCUGCACUUCGCCGAUUGCCGGCUGGAGCGCGGACUUUUACCGGACCGACGCCGUGGAGAGAGGGACUGGGCCUCGGUGGAGGCGGGUCCCUACUCCGGAGGCAGCAGAGCAGCUUUGGGAACGAACAUGAACCCCCGGGGGGCCUAAGGGUCCGUAGGGGCUGACCCCGCGCGGGAGCGGCCUGGCCCAGCCAUCUUGACUGCGCGCGGCGGCCGGAAAGGAAACUUGCUGCGCCGCCGCCCUCUGCGCUCAGCCAAGUCACCGGCGCCGGCGCGACGCGGAGAGAACGCGAGUGAGGGACGAUGAGCCGGCGGCCAGCCACUCUGCUCCGAAAGGGCUGAGCUCGAUCAGGGUAAACCCCUAGGAACUGUAGCGCACUGCUGCAGCCACCCUCAUCUUCCCGGAGCGGCGGGCUGCGCUGUGUGGACGUGUCCUGAGAAGGGAUUAGGGACUAGGCGGAUAAACAACCUCUGGAGAGAAACAGGAGAAAGACGAGUUAGGGCACUCACUCUCUUCUCCGGCUCUCUCUCUCUCUCUCUCUCUCUCUCUCUCUCUCUCUCUCUCUCUCUCUCUGGAUCCUCCGGAGCCCCUCUGUUCACUGCCAGGAAGGCGAGGGAACGAAGCAUGGAGUGGGGUUACCUGUUGGAAGUGACCUCCGUGCUGGCCGCCUUGACGCUGUUGCAGCGCUCCAGCGGCGCUGCGGCCGCCUCAGCCAAGGAGCUGGCUUGCCAAGAAAUCACCGUGCCGCUGUGCAAGGGUAUCGGCUAUAACUACACCUACAUGCCCAACCAGUUCAACCACGACACGCAGGACGAGGCGGGUCUGGAAGUGCAUCAGUUCUGGCCGCUGGUAGAAAUCCAGUGCUCGCCCGAUCUCAAGUUCUUCCUGUGCAGCAUGUACACGCCCAUCUGCCUGGAGGACUACAAGAAGCCCCUGCCUCCCUGCCGCUCCGUGUGCGAGCGCGCCAAGGCCGGAUGCGCACCCCUCAUGCGCCAGUAUGGCUUCGCCUGGCCGGACCGCAUGCGCUGCGACCGGCUGCCCGAACAAGGAAACCCGGACACGCUGUGCAUGGACUACAACCACACCGACCUCACCACAACUGCGCCCAGCCCGCCGCGCCGCCUGCCGCCACCGCCUCCUCCUGGUGAACGGCCGCCCUCGGGCAGCGGCCACGGCCGCCCGUCAGGGGCCAGGCCGGCGUCCCGAGGAAAGGGCGGGGGCAUCGGGGACGCGGCAUCUCCCCCAACUCGUGUCGGCGGGAAGGCGCGGCCCCCUGGCGGCGGCGCGGCGCCCUGCGAGCCGGGCUGCCAAUGCCGUGCUCCAAUGGUGAGUGUGGCCAGCGAGCGGCACCCGCUGUACAACCGCGUCAAGACUGGCCAAAUUGCCAACUGCGCGCUGCCCUGCCACAACCCCUUCUUCAGCCAGGACGAACGAGCUUUCACUGUCUUCUGGAUCGGCCUGUGGUCUGUGCUCUGCUUUGUGUCCACCUUCGCUACCGUGUCCACCUUCCUCAUCGACAUGGAACGCUUCAAGUACCCGGAGCGGCCCAUCAUCUUCCUCUCGGCCUGCUACCUCUUCGUGUCCGUCGGCUACCUGGUACGCCUGGUGGCGGGGCAUGAAAAGGUGGCGUGCAGCGGUGGCGCGCCAGGCACGGGCGGCGCGGGCAGUGCGGGCGGCGCGGCUGCUGCGGGCGCGGGCGCGGCAGGGGCUGGCGCGGGCGGCCCAGGCGGGCGUGGUGAGUACCAGGAGCUGGGCACGGUGGAGCAGCAUGUGCGCUACGAGACCACGGGCCCGGCUCUGUGCACCGUGGUCUUCCUGCUCGUCUACUUCUUCGGCAUGGCCAGCUCUAUCUGGUGGGUGAUUCUGUCGCUCACGUGGUUUCUGGCGGCGGGCAUGAAAUGGGGCAACGAGGCCAUCGCGGGCUACUCGCAGUACUUCCACCUGGCUGCGUGGCUCGUGCCCAGCGUGAAGUCUAUCGCCGUGCUGGCGCUCAGCUCGGUGGACGGCGACCCGGUGGCGGGCAUCUGCUACGUGGGCAACCAGAGCCUUGACAACUUGCGCGGCUUCGUGCUGGCGCCACUCGUCAUCUACCUUUUCAUCGGCACCAUGUUCCUGCUGGCCGGCUUCGUGUCUCUCUUCCGCAUCCGCUCGGUCAUAAAACAGCAGGGCGGCCCCACCAAGACGCACAAACUGGAGAAGCUCAUGAUCCGCCUGGGCCUCUUCACUGUGCUCUACACAGUGCCUGCCGCCAUCGUGGUCGCCUGCCUCUUCUAUGAGCAGCACAACCGCCCGCGCUGGGAGGCCACGCACAACUGUCCGUGCCUGCGGGACCUGCAGCCGGACCAGGCACGCCGGCCUGACUAUGCGGUGUUCAUGCUCAAGUACUUCAUGUGCCUGGUCGUGGGCAUCACCUCGGGCGUGUGGGUCUGGUCAGGCAAGACACUUGAUUCGUGGAGGGCCCUGUGCACCCGCUGCUGCUGGGCCAGCAAGGGUGCUGCGGUGGGCGGGGGUGCUGGCGUGAGAGACACUGGCGGGCCCGGCGGGGGCGGGGGGAGCGGCAGGGGGGCGGGCGGGGCAGCGGGCUCGCUCUACAGUGACAUCAGCACAGGCCUGACGUGGCGAUCUGGCACCGCCAGCUCAGUGUCUUACCCAAAGCAGAUGCCAUUGUCCCAAGUCUGAGCAGAGGGAAGGAAAGGGGGGCGAAGAGGCCAAGGGCUGCCAAGGGACACUCCAGGGGCUGAUGUUCCCACCCCUUAACUGGGUUUUGUUUUGUUUUUUUGGUGUGUGUGGGUUUUUUGUGUUUUUUUUUUUUGACUGCUAUUAGCAUGAUAAUGAACUCUUAAUGGUAUCCAUUAGCUGAGACUUAAAUGACUGGCUUAGAACAAAGUACCUGGCAUUGAGGACUCCCAGACCCAGCCUCCUUUCCUCCAUUGAUAUGCGAGAAGCUCCUCACGGGAGGCGGGAGACCUUCAUUUCAAUUGGCAGAAAAGGGUGGACUCUCCAGCGUUCCCAGUACCCAAGGCUUGGAGCCCUCCUUGGUUGCCAUUCGUGGAACUUGAAGCCAGAUCUACAGAUUUUUACCAGAGGGACCUAUUUUUCUCCUAUGUAAACUCUUACUCCUUAUCCAUCCUAAAGGAAGGAUGAUCGAAACCUAAUUGGAUUGAGUGGUUUGGGUAUUCUUAAUGACCAGGCAAAUGCCUUAAGUAAAUAAACAUGAAAUGUCUUAAUUAUACACCCCAAGUAAAUACGGGUUUCUUACAUUAGAGGAUGUAUUUAUAUAAUUAUGUGUUAUGUGUAAAAAAUGUAAAAUAUGUACAUAUCCAGAGAUAUACAGUCUGUACAUUUUUUGUAAAAAGUUUAGAGGUCAUUCCUGUAAGAACAAAUAUAAGUAUUCUAUUUUGUCAAUAAAAUGAUUUUUGAUAAAUGAUUUAAA